UCUACGGAGGAGUAUUUAAAUGCUGCAGCAGGAGAUCCGUUGAUUCAAGUGUGGAGACUUUUAGCGCGGAUUUUGCAUUCGUCAGCAUGGACGACAUGGACUUUCACAUCGUGUUAGACAACAGCUCAGAGUCUGGUUCUGGAGACUUUGACUCGUUUGACGAACUCUGUGACCUAACGGUCAGCGAAGACUUCCAAAGGAUCUUCCUCCCUACUGUAUAUGGGAUUAUCUUUGUGCUGGGAAUCAUUGGCAAUGGACUUGUGGUGCUUGUGAUGGGCUUCCAAAAGAAGUCAAAGAACAUGACAGACAAGUACAGGUUGCACCUCUCCAUCGCCGACCUCCUGUUUGUCCUCACUUUACCCUUUUGGGCUGUGGAUGCGGUCAGCGGAUGGCACGUUGGGGGAUUUCUGUGCGUCACUGUCAAUAUGAUCUACACGCUGAACUUGUACAGCAGCGUGCUGAUUUUGGCCUUUAUCAGCCUGGAUCGAUAUUUGGCUGUCGUCCGUGCCACAAACAGCCAGAAAAUCCGCAGGCUGCUUGCAGAAAGGGUGAUCUACCUUGGAGUUUGGCUCCCAGCGACCAUACUCACCGUGCCCGAUCUGGUGUUCGCCAAAGUCCACAAUACUGGCAUGAAUCCGAUCUGCGAGCUCACCUUCCCGCAGCAAGGCAACAUCGUGUGGAAGGCUUUUUUCCGCUUCCAGCACAUCAUUGUUGGCUUUUUGCUACCUGGUUUAAUCAUUCUGACCUGUUACUGUAUCAUCAUCUCAAAACUGUCCAAGAGCUCCAAAGGUCAAGCCCUAAAAAGGAAAGCGCUGAAGACAACAGUCAUCCUCAUUCUCUGCUUCUUCAUCUGCUGGUUGCCUUACUGUGCCGGCAUCCUGGUGGACACUCUGGUGUUGCUGAACGUCAUAUCUCACAGCUGUUUCCUUGAGCAGGGUCUGGAGAAAUGGAUCUUCUUUACUGAGGCGCUUGCGUACUUCCACUGCUGUCUCAACCCCAUCCUUUAUGCUUUCCUAGGAGUCAAGUUCAGUAAAUCCGCCCGUAACGCUCUGAGCAUCAGCAGUAGAUCAAGUCACAAGAUGCUGACCAAGAAAAGAGGUCCUAUAUCAUCAGUAUCUACUGAGUCGGAGUCAUCCAGUGCCCUGUCCAGUUAAUGGACACUUUGUACAUAAAACUUUCCUAUGUGGAUGACUAAGCUUUCAUUUUAUUUUUUUAAAGGACUUGACUACACUUUUUGUAUAUUGUAAACUCAUGUUGAUAAUUGUUGUUUUGUAACACUUUGUGUUUUUUAUUCAAAUACUUAAAUUAAUCUUUUUUUUAAAUGUUAGUACUUUUAUUGCAAGGACCUAAAGGCAGAGCCUUGACAAAGUCUGUAUGCUUGCACAAGUUCUUAUCAGGAAAUGUUAGCAUACUGUUGCAGUCUGAUUCAGAAUGUGUGGUGUAAAUUAUUUGUACAUAGUUCAUUGUUUGCCUAUGUGUGUGUGCACUUAGCUUUUCCUGUUACCCCAUAAGCUUUUUGAUAUUUAUUUAAAUGGUAGCUUACACUGUAAAACAAUUUUUAAAAAAUGGGUUGUAAUUUAAUCAUGUCACGAUUGUUGCAUUUUGACUUCUAUUUCAUAAUAAAACCCCAAAAUCACCAAUUUUAA